CCUCGGUUCAUUGAGGGGAGUUGGGCAGGUUGUCUGUUACUGUGCGCUGCUAACAGUGAAGUGAUAUUUUUAAUACAUUACAACAGCGUUAUUCAGUCUUUAUUAUACUUCAUUUCAGAUUAGAGAUUAACGUGUGGAACAUGGCGAAGCGUAGGAUCACACAGGAAACCUUUGACGCUGCUGUGAGGGAAAACAUCGAGGAGUUUGAGAUGGAUCCUGGUGAGGCUUUGAGGGAUGCUGUGGAGCAGUUUGAGUCUCAAGGUGUGGACCUUAGUUGUAUUGUAAAAGCUAUACCGACUGGAUCUUCUGAUGACAAACAAGAGGAGCAAACACACAUGGUCUUACAGGCUUUGGAUUCCCUUCGGAUUGGAAAAGAUUCUGCCGAUGUUACAGAAGUGACGGCAGACUUUAAAUGUUUCACUGAGCAAUGCUCACUUGGAUUUGCCCAGAGGUACCUGGCUGCCCAAAAAGACGCCUAUCCCAUCAUCCUCUCUUACUGCAAAAAGAGUUUGAAGGAGCGGGAAGCUGUGUUGACUGCCCUGUCCGCUCUGGCUGCACUGACGGAUGGACAGCCGGACUUGUUAGAUGCAGAGGGCCGGCAGGUUCUUUUGAAUAUCCUUAAGGAGUAUCGGGCAGAUUCCUCUGUGACAUGUCUAGCCAUCCACGCUGUACGUCACUUCUGUUUGAAACAUGAACAGAACAGGCAGGAUUUGGUGAAAGGUGGCGUCCUGCCUCUGCUGACCGGUGCCAUUACACAACACAGUGCAUGUGCUGAGCUGGUCAAGGAGGCCGCUGCAGCUCUCAGGGUCAUGACCUUUGACGAUGAUAUCCGAGUUACAUUUGGACAAGCUCACGAACACGCCAAGAGUAUUGUGCUCGAACACAACGGACUGAAGGUUUUAAUUGAGGCUGCGAAAGCUCACUGUGAUAAUACUUCUGUUCUGAGUGGGAUUUGUGCAACUCUGUCCCAUCUGGCUGUGAGGAAUGAGUUCUGUCAAGACAUCUGUGAUCUAGGAGGCAUGAAACUCAUGAUAACGCUGCUUGCAGACAGCUAUGAGUCACAGGAGUUGGUUCGGCAGAUCCUCAGUGCAAUACGAGCCGUAGCAGGAAAUGAUGAUGUGAAAGAUGCAGUUGUUAAUGCUGGUGGAGUCCAGCUAAUUGUCAUUGCCAUGAACAGACACAUGAGCAGCGCAGGGGUGUGUGAUCAGGGCUGUGCGUGCCUCUCUGUCCUUGGUUUGCGUAAACCCAACAACUGCCAAGUCAUCAUGGAGAAUGGAGGUGCCUUGGCAGCUGUUCAGGCUAUGAAGACACAUCCUAAUUCGGUCAAUGUGCAGAAACAGGCGUGUAUGGUGAUGAGAAACCUGGUUGCACGAACACAAAGCUAUAGCCAAACAAUCCUGGAGAUGGGAGCAGAGGCCCUGAUAGCCCAGGCAAUAAAGACACAUCAGGACUGUGGUGAUGUGGGUAAAGCAGCCCUCAGAGAUCUGGGAUGCCAGGUGGAGCUCCGAGAGCUGUGGACCGGCAAACAUGGCAGCCUCACCAACUGAAAGUAGAGGAGAACAUCCCUGUACACCAUUAUUAUGAGGGGACCUGAAAUGUAACUUUUAGGCAAGAUGAAAUGUUAUGGUGUUGGUGUGCAUAGCCAAGAGUUUAAACAGAUGCACCUACCCAGCUAGACAUAUUUGUAAAAAGUAGUCGAUGUAGAACAGAGCAAGUGACCAAUCCCACACAACACCUUUUGAGAGGCUGAAUAUAUCUUUCAGUGCUUUUUUAAAGUGCAAAAAGGUCAUUGUAGUCUUGUUGUACAUGUUUUGAUUGCUUUUAAUAUUUUGUUUACAAACUGUCUGGUUCCCAAAUUUGUACAACAUUUCUGUUUGUUGUUGUAGUUUUGUGCCAUGGGGAAAUCUAAAUGUAUUUUUCUGAGCAGAUUUCUUCACCGUGUUGGCAGAGCCUCAUUUUAACACGCCUUUAUACUUUAACUAGAGCUAAACAUUUCCUUUUUUUGGCUUUCAGUUGGUAUUAGUACAGUGUAAACCUGGAGAUCACUGAUAUGUAGCCCUCCCACUGACAACAUCACACUGUAUAUUCUGCAUGAUUAUGAUAAAACUCACUUUGCUGCGUCACCUUUA